AUGGAGUCCCUGGAGAAGCAGCUGCUCUGUCCCAUCUGUCUAGAGAUGUUCCAGAAGCCGGUGGUGAUUCUGCCGUGUCAACACAACCUGUGCCGAAAGUGUGCCAACGAUGUGUUCCAGGCCGCUAACCCGUACCUGUCCACGCGCUCCUCCACCGUGUCGUCUGGCGGAAGGUUCCGCUGUCCGUCCUGUCGCCACGAGGUCGUCCUGGAUCGACACGGAGUCUACGGCCUGCAGCGCAACCUACUGGUGGAAAAUAUAAUCGACAUGUACAAGCAGGGCGGGGCCAGUAAACCAGAGGAGCCCCCUCCACCUGAGGGGCCCAUGUGUGAGGAGCAUCCAGAGGAGAAGAUCAACAUCUACUGUGUGUCCUGUGGGGCCCCCACCUGCUCCAUGUGCAAAGUGUUCGGGGCCCAUAAGGACUGUGAAGUAGCCCCUCUCCAGAGCGUCUUCAGCAAGCACAAGGGGGAGCUCACUGAUUGCAUUUCGAUGCUCGUCGGGAACAAUGAGAGAACUCAGGCCAUCAUCAGCCACCUGGAGGAGAGCUGGCACACUGUGGAGGAGAACGGACGGCGGCAGAAGUCGUUGAUCUGUGAGGUCUUUGACGGUCUGUUUUCGCUCCUGGAGCAGAGGAAACUCAGUCUGACACAGAGGAUCACCUCUGAGCAGGAGGAGAAGGUGGAUUAUCUCCGCUGCCUGAGGGAGAAGUACAACCAACAUCUGGAGAAGAGCUCCUCCACCUUGCAGGAGGCGCUGAGCACGCUGGAGCAGCAGGACCACGCCCACUUCCUCCAGGAGGCCAAACCGCUGCUGCAGAAGAUCACUGACGACACCAACACGUCUCACUUGGACACGGUGCCACGCGGAUACGACAACAUGGACCACUUCACCGUCUGCUUCGAGAAACAGAAGAGGGUGCUGUCGAGCAUCGCCUUCAGCACCGACGACGACAGCGACGACGAUGAAUAUGAGGAGGCGGAGCUACGUGCCACAACAGGAAGUCGAGCAGCAGCAGGCCCCUCCCCCCUUCCCACUGCCCUGCCCACAGCAUCGCCUCACCCGCCCACCUUGUCGCCCCUGCCCCCAACACUCCCCGCCACGUUGUCGCCCCUCCCCCCCACACACCCACCCACGCUCUCACCCCUCCCUCCAACACACCCCCCCACGCUAUCGCCCCUCCCCCCCACGCUCCCGCCCCUCCCCGCCACAUUGUCUCCUCACCCAGCCUCUUUAGCUCCUUCCAUGUCUUCUUCGGUGCCUCCUGUCUCCUUCCCUCCUUUGCCGUCACAGCGAGCUGCAGAAGCCACGCCCACUCGGACACGAAGCCCCGCCCCCUCCGCCUCAGGCCCCGCCCCCUCGGAGCAGAGCGACACUGAUGACGCACGACACGUCUUCAGCUUCAGCUGGCUCAACAAGGAGUGA